UUGUUUCUUCUUGCUACUCAAUCUAUUUUUCUCUUACAAUAUAUCACCAUAUCCUUCUUUUCUAAUAUCUUUUUUGGCUUUAUUCCAUCUUUAUCAUCAUCUACAUCAAACCGCAGAUCUCCCUUUUUCUCUAUUACAUAUAGCUACAAGCAAAAUACUUUUGCUUCAUCAAAGAUUUCAUGCAAUACAGCGAUCCAAACCCUUGAAAAUUUUAAGCAAAAUUGGUUAAACAAGGUGGAUCCGAGGCAUGCAUGGAAAGAGGACACUUCCUUCUGACGAGGGAAAUGAUGAUCAAAUCUUGCAUACUCACCACCAACCAUCUCUUUAUGAUCAAGGCCAAUCGUUUCUUGCUCACGCCAUGGCCGGUAACCACAGGCUGGAUGAACAUGUUCAAGAAAAUCUUGAAUCUGCUAAUACUGAUCAAGGGAUGAGAAGAAGACACUAUAGAGGAGUGAGACAAAGACCAUGGGGAAAGUGGGCAGCCGAAAUCCGUGACCCAAAGAAGGCUGCUCGUGUCUGGCUUGGAACCUUUGACACGGCAGAAGCUGCUGCAGCUGCCUAUGAUGCAGCUGCUCUAAAGUUCAAAGGCACAAAAGCUAAGCUCAAUUUCCCUGAACUUGUUCAACAAAGAUCUGCUAAUAAUCUAUGCACCAGCUUCUCGCCAGCUCCUAAUUACCAAAACCCACAUCUUCUUCCAAAUAAUAAUAAUAUUCUUGUUUCUACAUCAUCAUCAGCUGGCAAUAUUAAUCCUCCUCCUCAUCCAUUUCAACCUCCAUUGACACACGAAGCGUUCCCAAAUCUUUUGCAGUAUGCGCAGCUACUCUCAAGCGAUGAUAAUAGCUAUCUGCAGUAUGCUGCAUCUUCAGGUCUUUACUAUAAUUAUAAUCCAGAGCCAUUUGUUUCAGGAUCUUUCUCAAUGGCAUCUUCUUCAUCCUCAGCUUCUUUAUCUGGAGUAAACCAACAACAAGGUGAAGAUGAUUUUUCGAGGUUUUUUCCACAGAUGGUUUCUGGGUUUCCUUCUGCUACUCAUCAGCAUCAUUUUCUUGAUGAGGAGAGGAAGUUUGAUGAUAAUACUCCCAGGAGUAAUUAAUUUACGUAUCAAUUAGGGUUCAUGAAUCUACGUUUUACAAGAAGCUGCACUUCUGGGAUCUUGAUCCUUAUCUCAGGUUUAUAAUAAAAAUACUGUUAAGUUCUAUUUCUUUAUGUUCAAAGACAACGCUUAUUUCAUUUUCAAGUAGAACUAAAUUAACCUGAGAUAAUACAAUUUAAAAAUAAAUGUAUAUAUGCUUUUGAGAACUUCAUUAUUUUACAAUCAGAUUUCAUGAAUCACUAGUUUAUUUUA